AUGGAGAUGAGCCUCUGGGAGGUCUCUGACCCCUAUUACUUCGAUCUGCCUUACGUCUUUAACCACAUGGGCUUGCGUCAUUCGAUUGUGUACGUUGUUUACCACUCCUUCGAACUUUUCCCAGGCCUUGCGGCCGUUCUGACGGAGCUCGAACAGAGGAACGGAACUAGCCUUGGAUUGGCUCGGGAGAAGGGUGAGAUCUUCCCAGCAGAGUGCGAUGGUCCGACUUCUGCGUACAAUUUCGUACUGACCAAGUAUACCACGGCCUGCAAUGAUGUAACUGGUCGUUUCAACGUCUCAUCCGUGGAACUUUUUCAAGAUCAUGUGACCGAGUUGAAGGGCACUUCAAAAUACAUUGGCACACCCUGGGCUAGAACCAUGACACUGUAUUGUCGCAAGCUUCGAUUCAGCCCGCCAAAGUCUCAAGAAUUCUUAGGCUACAAAGAGAUCAAUACAAUCAACCUCAUCCUUCUCAAUAACAAUAACAACAAAAUCGACCCUGUAACGCCUAGCUUGGAGAGCGUAAUCGAGUUCUUCCCAGGGGCUGGCUCGUUCUACCAUGAUGCUAUUGGGCACGGUUUUCUUAUUAUGGAGUCUAAUUGA